AUGGAUGAUAUAUCUAGGUUAUUUGGUUUAAGUUUUUGUAUGCUUGUCGGGUGCUAUGUUGCCGGUGCUAUUCCGCUCGCCUUCACAAUGUCUGAGGUAAAAAUUCUGUGAUGUUUUUUAUUUAAUUCUUUUAUGUGUCCUUGCUAUAUACGGUGGCUCUGUAAUAUGCUACUAUGGUUUUUGUACUCAAUUUAUGUGACUCUCGGUAUUGAUGAUGAAUUCCCUUAGUGAUAUUUGUCGUAUGGUGAAAUAGACAAACAUAUAUUUCAUAGUAUAUAGCAUAGUAUGCUUGAGUGUGUAGUGUAGAUCUUCUCAAUACGUUAACAGCGAAAUCAGAUACAUAACCUGGAAGUUAUUUGUUUCAAUGUAUCGUGUUUUUUAAUCUACCAAUAACAUGUUUACACUUUGUCAAAAUUAUCCAUAAUGUAUGGGGGCUACAUCAUGAGGAAAAUGUAAUUUAACUAAUUUUAUACAGUGAGACCUGGAUAUAAUGAUCCCCUACAUAUAACAAUUAUUCACCGAAGUGGAGGUGGCUAGUACUGGAUAUUUACUGAGGCCGCGAAGCAGUGACGUAAAUAUCCACUACUAGCCACCGACACUGAGGUGAAUAAUUGUUUUAGUAUAUACUUAAACAGUGAGAUAAUUGAGCACAAAGUGAUGAUUUUUAACUCAUUUACUGUUGCCAACGAUUACAAUUUUGGCGCGCGAUGACCGAACGGCCGCGGUCGUCGCUUUUUCUUAGCGACAAAUAAAACUUUUGAAGGCGUUUGUUUAGCUCUUGCGGGGAAGUUUCUUCAAAAGGAGUUGUGAAUUCUGUUUGCAUUUAAAAUAAUUCUGUAAAAAAGAUUAUUAAAUGUAGUUUUAAGCUUAUUUAUGAACAAGUCAACUAAAUAAAGUAAUGCAAGACUUAAGCUUAAUUUGCAUUUGUAAACAAAACAUUUUUACACCGGUUUUAUUGAUAACUAUUCAAGUCAAAAAGACAAAGCUUUACCGGUUAGAACUUCCAAACCGAACUACGUCACCUUCUUCAUGUAUUUCGGAAAUAGCUUGCUUGAUUAGUUGUGAAAUUUCUUAGUUUGUUACGGCAGCAAACCGGGAAAGCAUUUUGCUCGCAACCUAGGCUAGUUUGGCGUCGCUCGCUCGGAGGAACUGGAGGUGAAUCAGUGAAUAGUGCAGGAUAUUCACUGAUUGAGUAGCCAAUCAGAGCGCCGGAAAAACACUAUCCACUGUUUUAGUAUAUACUAAAAUGAAUUAUUUGGUAACAUGAAUGUUAUUUUUUGUGCCAGUAAUUAAUAAUGGUAAUAGGACUGAGUGGAGUCCAAUUCCAUCUGUAAUCAUACGAGUGAUUAACAAAAUUUGACAACCACAUAGUGGGAGUCUGAUUUCUUUAAUCACGAGUAUGAUUACUGACUGAAUUGGGUGACAUGAAGUACUGUUACCAAUUAAUCAUAACUAUAACAAAAUUUGUGAUAUUUUAGGGGUUUUUUGUAAAUUGAAACACAAGAAAUUCCGAGAGUUUAUUUUUUUGUGGCAGUGAAAAAAAAAAGCCUUUUAAGUGCACUCAUGCGAUGGCGUAUACUGUCCAAUUACUAAGGCAUGACAUGUACUGUCCUUUUACACUGUCCUAUUUUAUUUGCUGAAAUAGGACAGCUGAUAGCCAAUCAGAUUUGAGAUUUUGUUAUAGUUAUGACUAAUGGUAAAAUAUAUCGAAAAGAACCUCAAUAUGAUGCCUUGUCCUGGCAUUGUAAGUUAUAUCAAGGUUCCAUUGUACUUACCUAGCCAAACAUAGUCACAGAAGCUUGCAUCAUGACCAUGCUUGCAUCUUUGUUAAGAUAUUUAGUUGUAAUUGGUUUUCCAUUCUAUUGUAAUGUCAGGAGCAACAGUGUAUUGCUGUGUUCCCUUCAAUAACUAAAGAAAUGCUCGGUAGUACAUUUUACAUAGUAACAUUUAAUAAUAUUUUGAUCUCAUUUCAAAAUCUCCCUUUGCUUUACAAGAAAACAUAAUUCUAUUUGAAUGGACUAGCAGUUUAUCAGACUAUAACUUCAACUUGGACUCUUUUGCACAUGUUUGUUUCAUAUCAAAGUAUGAAUUGAAAAAAAGAAAUUUUAAAAAAUAAUAUGUAUAUUUAAAAAUGAGUAAUAAUUACUAGUCUAAGAUAAACAUGCUUUAGUCUGAAUUUUAUUAUUGCUUGUUUUUUCUGUUGUCUUAAACAGAAGCGAUUGCGGAUGAUAAGUAUACUUGGUGCUGGUCUUUUGGUAGGAACGGCACUUGCAGUUAUUAUUCCUGAGGGUGUUCAUGCUUUGUAUGAAUCACAGGAACAUGGUAAGCUCCCUUGCUAACUCAGGGCUCAAAAAAAGAAAACUUGAAUUCCAGCACAUCCUUUGGGCAAGCAGCUGUCACAUUUUGCUUGUUGUAGUUAAUGAUUUAGUUGGAUUUGUCUUGCCUGGACCCUUGCCUUUGGGCAAGUGAGCUUUAAACGUUACUUGGCUGCCCAGUAAGAAAAUCUACUCAUCUCGGACUACUGAACAGGACUUUUUUCUAGCCCUGCAAUUACUUUCCUUUAGCAGGGCUGUCAUUAAGAGCCAGGGGGUGGGGAUUUUCCCCGGCUACUAUGAACAUGGUCCCCAGCUACCUUCAUUGGAAAACAGAAGAAAAAUAGAACCAAAAGAAAUCUCUAGCUGUUUGAUUCUCCACCUACUUAUUAUUUAUUAUUUUUCCCCGGCAAGUUGAAAUCAUAGUGACAACCCUGCUUUAGUGAAGAUCUGUAUUUAGAAUGUAGGGAAAAAUGUUUCCUACAGCAUAAUUUUGAUACCCAUUACAAAGGAAUCACUAAAUUUAUUUUUUUAGCUUUGCCAGAUAUGGCCGGACCACAACAGAUUGCAACAAUCACUGUUGGCCUAAACAGUCCCUUCCCUAAACAGCCCAAGAAAUAGAAUGUGUGUGGUUGGGGAAGCCACACCUCUGGGGUUUUUAUCCCCUGCACAUUUUUAAUGGCAUAGCCGGUUCUUAAAUAUUGACAAGGAGCAAGGAUCAUGAGGCUAUUUUUAAUUCUGUUCUCUGUGGAUGAUCCAAUAGGGAAAUACAUUCUUGAUAAAAUAGUCACAAUCGCUGUGGUCUUUCAGGUUUUCCUUUCUUUUCUUUCUUUUUUUUUAACCCAGGUUGGUGAUUCGAGGGUUGGAAAUGAAAAUUUUGGAGCACUCACCAUAAAUGUCACUCGCCCAGAUCAGUUUUCACUUGCCCAGUCUCCUCCGUUUAAAAGAAAAAUAGCCCCCUCCUACUUGCAUGGAAGUUCGCUCACUGUGCCCUAAAACAGACCUUAAUUCCAAACAAAAAGUUAAUAGCAACACACUUACCUCAAGAAAAGUGUCAAAAUUAUACACUCAAAGGGGUGGGAAGGAGCCAAUUUCCCACAUUUUGCAGCUCUGUGGACAAUGCAACUUGUAUUUAAUGACCAGAGGUAUUACUCUGAAGAUGUUCAUUCUUCAUGUAACAAUCAUUGAAGCAGAAUAAAGCCAUUUUGUCUGUUUACGAACUUGUAUUAAAAAAAGAAAUGAACUAGGGUUGAUGGACAUUUCAGAAUGGUAAGAUUUUAAAAAAUAGAUUAUUUUAGUAGAUUAUUUUCAAGUGGAAAGUGGAAAGGGACCUUCAUUUUGAAUACAUCUAUUGUGUAUACAUAUAAACCAUACUCGCCCAACUGGGUGACUGAUCCUUGAGUUUUACUUGUUCGACCAUUUUGGCACUCACCUGUGCGAGUGGGCAAACACCAAUGGCCAACCCUGUGAUUUAACUUAUCAUUUCUUAAUUCUCUCCUCUCUUUUAUCUUUGACCUUAUUCUGCUUUAAUUUUGCAGUUAAAAUUGGUUCUGCUAUUAACUUUCAUGUUGUAUAAUUUAUUUAUGUUUUUCCUUUAAAGGACACGCUUCCCACACUCACUCAGAAGACAAAGCUGCUGAAGCCUCUCAUUCUCUGGAAGAUACAAGCAAAGUUCAUUCACAUGUAGAUCUUUUGAAGCAUCAAAUCUCUCAGGUUGAACCUGAUGUAUUUAUAGGGCUUUCCUUGGUCUGUGGCUUUGUAUUUAUGCUGCUAAUUGAUCACAUCAGUGGUGGUCAUUCACAUGCACCCUCUGGAUCACAAGGUACGUGUAAUUAAAUUUUAAAGUGACUUAAAUAAUUUUAAUAGUGUCCAUGAAGGAGUUUCAACUGUAUUGCAGUCUUUGUGUAUAAAUAUUAUUGAAGGGGUAGAUGCAAGUCCACCUCUCGCCAAGAUUAUUGAACUCAUGAUCACAUGGUGAGUUACAUGUGGUGUGUUGGGUGAGGAUUGUAGGGGAGUUGGUUAGUGUGGCUUGGUAUUUUCUGAUAUUUUCUUUUAAUCUUCAUUAAAUACACUUUAAUGGGAAAACAAAAGACUUUUACAGCUUCACCCAUUACAUCGUACAAUGUUGUCCUUUUUAGGUUCUACUUUAGACACAUUUACUUUUGUAUAUUUUAUAGAGGAGCAGAAAUCUAGUUUGGUGCUUUGGGUGCUGGAACUUUGUCUUGUAACUGUUUAUUUAUUUAUUUAUUUUAAUAAACUUCGCCAAGAGGCCGGGAUCACCCACAGAGCAAGCUCCUCUAAGAGGUCAAGAAAAACUGUAUACUGGUAUAUUGGGGUAUUCCUCGGUCAAAACGUGCCUUAAUGCACCAUUGACUCUUUUUUUUUGUAUCGCAGGUGGAGAUCCAGAGAGCAAUGGUAGACAGAGACAUAGCAAAAUCACUGCCACGGUUGGCUUGGUUGUCCAUGCUGCUGGUAAGGGUACAUGUUAUUAUUAAAACAAUUAUAGUACUUUCACACUUUAACACCCCACUCAAACAGUCAUCACAAUCUGUAUAAUAUCAGGUGGGCAUCAAAAAUUUUUCCUAACAAACUCCUUUACCUAUACUUUAUUAAUGGUGUGACAUAAUUGUAAAUAAACAGUAAGACUGUUAUUUGUUGUUUUUGCAGCGGAUGGUGUGGCAUUGGGAGCCGCUGUGUCUACAUCCAAAACAGAAGUGGAAGUGAUUGUAUUUGUAGCAAUCAUGUUACAUAAGGUGGACAAUGAUUUUUAUUUUCAUUAUUAUUUUAUAUACGGUAGAAUUCCAAAAAUAUGCCCCGGGACUUAUAUUUUUCAAAGGCCCUUUUUGAGGGGCUUAUUUUUGGAGGGGCUUAUAUUCGAAGGGGCAUCUACGGAGGGAAAUUUGCGUUUCAAAAUCUAAUGGGCUAGCCUUAUAUUUGGAAGUAAAUUGACCGUUUUGGCUUUGUCUUACUUUGUAUUUGAGGGGAAUUUUUCCAAGUACAAGCCCCCGGGGGGCUUAUAUUUGGAGGGGCGAUUUAACGGAGGGUUUUUUGUUUUACCGGUUUGGGGGGCUUAUAUUUGGAGGGGCUUAUACAUGGAGGGGCUUAUUUUCGGAAUUUUACGGUAUAUAUAAAAAAGAAAAACCUUUAGGUUACUGAAUAUCAACUAUUAAAUAUUUGGUACUGGUAAUUGUAAUGGUUUGAACAUAUUUUUUGUAGGCACCAGCUGCAUUUGGUCUUUCAACGUUUCUUCUUCAUGAAGUGAGUUUUAAUAUCAUUUUCAAUAUUUACUCUAUCAUGAAUUUUGCCUUUCCUGUUUCUUUCUUUCCACAUUACAUGUACAUGUCAAGGAAUACUUAUUCUUUAUCAACUAUAAUCUUAUGUUACACUUCCCUUUUUGUACGUAUUCAAGCCCCCAAAAAAUCACACCUUCACUAACAAUAUUAUUGAUAAUUAUAAUAGUUGUAGCUGGGCAUUAUCGUUAAAUUCAAUGUUCUUUUUAUAUAUUAAUAAUAAUGAUGGUGAUUAAUAAUAUUAAUGGAUUAACCCCAGUUCCUUUAGAUAAAAUUUGUUUUUAGGUGAGUUUAAGUGAGAUAAAGUUUCCUUGCAACAUAUCAUGUCAAGGCUGUUCUCCAAGAAAAAAACAUAUUACAUUGUAGAUAGCCCUAACAAAAUUAUUUUCUAACAAACCCAGUGGUUCUAAGUUUUCUGGAGAGAUGUGUGCUUUUUUAGCAACCAAGGCUUAAAUCAGAUCACCUCAUGAAAUGUUCCGUUUGUACUCAUUUAUAGUACAAAACUGUAAGAAGCAAAAGUAAUAAAGUUUCUUUGUCUUUUGUGUUUACUUUCAGGGAUUGGUGAGGAAUAGAAUACGAAAACAUCUCUUAGUGUUUGCAGCAGCAGCACCAAUAAUGGCCCUACUGACAUAUUUUGGUCUAAGUCAG